AUGAAUAUUCCCGAAACAUCAAAACAAACACCAAGGAAUAUAAUUAUUAAAAAAGCGAAUGAUGGUUUUGGGUUUAAUGUACGCGGACAAGUUGUUGCAGGGGGCCAAAUAAAAGCGAUUCACGGUACACUCUACGCACCAUUACAACAUGUAUCAGCUGUUUCAAAUGAAAGUGCGGCUGAAAAAGCUGGACUUUGUAUUGGAGAUAAAAUUCUUCGAGUAAAUGAAGUCGAUGUUGAAGGUGCACCCCACAAACAAGUUGUUGACUUAAUUAAGAAUUGCAAUGGUGACCUUCAUCUACUUGUUAUUGCUUCAGCAGGCGAUGAAAAAAAUAAUGAUACAUAUUCAACUGAAGAGUCAAGCGAAAGUUCAAAUGAUUAUACCGAUCGACGAUCAUUGGCGAUUACGAUACCGGAUUAUACUUUGGUAGAAGCUAAAGACGGAAAAUUUCAUGCCUUCAAUAUUCAUAUAGCUGGUCGUCAUUUAUGUUCUCGACGUUAUCGAGAAUUUGCUUCAUUGCAUCAACAAUUAAAACAAGAAUUUCCAGAUUUUCCAUUUAGUUCUCUACCAAAAAAAUGGCCAUUUAAAUUAUCGGAUCAACAAUUAGAUACGCGUCGACGUGGCCUUGAACAAUACCUUGAUAAGAUUUGUUCGGUUCGUGUAAUUAGUGAUUGUGAUUCGGUACAAGAAUUUCUAUCGGCAGAUGUUUAUCAAGAUGAUUCUAUUUCGGUUGAUGUUGAAAUAAAAAUUAUGUUACCGGAUCGAUCCAUAACAAUUUUAAAAAUAAAACGCCUUUCGACUGCUAAUCAAGUCUAUGAAAUACUCGUGAAAAAGAUUGAUCUACCAGAACCAUGUGCACCAUAUUUUUAUCUUUUUGAAAUACUCGACUAUGGUUUCGAACGGAAACUUCAUUCAGAUGAAUAUCCACAUCGAAUAUAUAUUCAAAAUUGUUGUACAGCUAAUGCAACGUGUUUAUGUUUGCGUAAAUUAAUUUUUUCACCAACUAUAGAAAAUCAACUUUUAAAAUAUCAAUUAGCACGUGAUUAUAUCUAUCGUGAGGCUGUCGAUCAAUUAAGUCGUUCGAAAAAUGUUACAAUCAAUCAACGAUCAGCUUUAAAAACAUCUGACGAAAUUGAAUAUAUAAAAUAUGCACAAACCUUGACCGAUAUCUAUAAUACAAUAACAUUUCCGCUAUGCCCAUGCAGUUCACGUAAAGAUAAUGGUUGUGUUAUUGUAUCGUUAAAUUCAGCACGCCUUCGUUUGCACGCUUGUUCCGAUGACGGUAAAUUGGAGGAGGGUCAUAUAGCCGAUUUUGAAUGGGAAAUCAUUGAGCGAUAUUAUAUUCAAGGACAAUAUUUUAUAUUUCAAUAUAAACGUUCGACAAUGGAUACUGCAAAACCAGUGAAAUUACAAACAUUAUUUACACAAUUUAUGUAUGAUUGUUUUCAAUGUAUUUAUCGCGAAAUACAAUCGAUAAACAAUAUAAAUAAAUAG